UAUUAUCUUUUUUAUUUUAAAUUGUGAUGUCAGAUAAUCUUUAGGUGAAAUAGAGAAGAAGAAAUUCACCUUAAGAAGGUGAAUAGGACAUUGCUUAAAGAUAAGAAAAUAAAUAUAAUAAAAUUUAAAGGUAUUAAUAAUAUGUAAAAAGAAAUGAUUUAUAAGCAUAUGUAUAAUAGCCAAAAAUUAAACGUAAUAGAGAUGAUUAAAUUGAGGAUCCUUAAGAAGAUGAUGAUGAGAAAUAAUCUGAUAAAUUUGGAGGAUUUGUUUUCACAAAAAGUAAAAGUAUACUAUAACUAUUAUUUAAAUUAGACGAAACAAAAAAGUAGUACAUAUAUGAGCCUAAAAAAUAAUAGCCAGCUUAAUAAUAAAAGAAAGAGUAUUACUAAAAAAAAGAUUAGGCACCCAAAAAAAAGCCCGAAAAGAAAGGUAAUAAGUAAUAGUAAUAAUCUCAAUUAUAGUAUAAAUAUAUUAUAAAAAUUAGAAAGGAAAUAUCAAUAUAACAAUUAGGGGAAUUAGAAAAACUGUAAUAGCAUCUAAUAAACUGUGGGAUUUCAAUAACAAAGAAUUAAGAAAAUUAUGAUUCUGAGUUAGUUUUACCUCCUGAUUUUAAUAAACCAUUAUCAAUUCCAAAUUAGCCAAAAGUAGCACCUCCUCCAGGUUUAGUAGAUAAAGAUAAAUCUUCUGAUUUUGUGGAUAUUUUGAAUUAAUUGUAAGAUAAUGAUUCAGAUGGUUAAAUGAAUUAUGAUCAACAUUUUUAAUCUUCAGUUUUAACUAGAGGAGCAUUUCCUAUUUAGACUUAACAAUAAAAUUAGUUUAAUAAUUAAAAAGUAAUACCUAAUAAUAAUCAAAAUUUUUCAAAUAAUUAAGGAGAUUAAAAAAAUAAAGAAAAAAAGAAGAAAAAUAAAAAGAAGAAACCUAAAAAUAAUAAGAAUUAAUAAGAUUUGGCUCUGAUAAAUAGUUAACCAGAUUUCAUGAAUUAAAAUUCUGCUGAAAUGUUUGAUCCUUUCAAAGUAGCUCCUUUUUCAUUUCCAUAAUAAUAAUAAUAAAUGGGUCGUACUAAUUUACCAGAUCCUUUAAAUAUUUCAGGUCCUACAUUUACAACUCCAUUAGGAUUUCCACCUCCUGGAAUGAUGGGUUUAGGUCCAUAAAUAGCACCAUUUAAUUCAAAACUUUUAGGAGGUCCUUAAUCUUUAGGAUUUCCUCCUGGACCUACUUUAGGAAUGGAACCUUUAGAACCUAAUUUUCCUAUGGGACCUAAUUUAGGAUCUAUGAGAAUGAAUUAAAUGAUGCCUCCUAAAUUUAAUUAAAUUCCUAAUAUGAAUUAAAUGCAUAUGCCUAUGACAAUGACACCUCCUCCUUAAAUUAAAAAGUAAUCUAACAAAAAUAAUAUGAUGAUGUAACCUCCUAAUUAAUUUGAUGGAUAAGUUUUUUGUCCACCUAUGAUGCCUCCACCUAUAGGAAAUCAAUUUCCAGAUUUUCCACCAACAAUGCCUUUAGGUUAAUAAUUCCCUCCUAAUUUAAUGAAUUCUGGACCUAUUAUAGGAAUGCCUCCAAUGAUGUAAUUCGAUGAUGAUUUUGAUCAAAAUUGGAUGCCUAAUGAUGGAAUGAUAUAAAUGCCUACUCCCAUUUAAGUUUUCUCAAAUCAAAAUUUCCCUAAUCUAUCCUAAGUCUAACAUCCUGAUUCAUACAUAUAAGAACCUGAAAAAUUUAUUUAUUAAACUAAAAAAAUUAAUGAUAAUAAAAAUGGAAAUGAUAUUAAUAAUGAUUAAUUCAAUUAAACAAAUUAAAAUACUGAUGGAUAACCAAGAUAAAGAAAGUAAUUAUUCAUCUAUUUAGUUUUAGAAAAUUAAAUUUAAAUUCUAAACCAUUUUAUCCAGUAAAUCCUUGACUG